AUGAGGUGGGAAAGAGUUGUGUUGCCGCAAGCCCAGGAAGCAGAGCAGGGCAGCGAAGAGGCGGGUGGCCCCGGAAAGAGGUGGGCCCACACUUGCAACGCGAUCAUAGGAGGGAGGUUCCUCUACGUGUUCGGUGGCUUUGGCAUAGACAACUGCCAGACCAACGAGGUUCACGUCUUUGACACUGUGGAGCAAACAUGGAGCCAACCCACGAUAAAAGGCAUGCCACCUGCUCCAAGGGAUGGCCAUAGCUGCACUAAUGUUGGUGACAAUUUGUUUGUGUUUGGUGGGACGGAUGGAAUGAACCCUCUUGGGGAUUUGCAUAUACUAUACACUUCUUCUCAUACAUGGAUAUCACCCAUUACAAGGGGAGAGGUACCAGAGGCAAGGCAGGGUCAUAGUGCAGCACUUGUGGAUAAAAGGCUGUUCAUAUUUGGUGGGUAUGGAAAAUCUCCUGAUAAUGAUGAUGAAGUAUAUUACAAUGAUCUCUUCAUAUUGAACACAGAGACAUUUGCUUGGAAGAAGGCCAUGACCACUGGUAUGCCACCUUCACCACGUCAUACCCAUAGCUGCUCAAUGUGGAAGAACAAAAUGAUUGUGAUUGGUGGUGAAGAUGAGCGUGAUUACCAUUUGUCCGAUGUCCACAUUCUUGAUGCAGAUACUCUGAUGUGGAAGGAGCUGAAUACCACCGGCAACAUGCUACCCCCCCGUGCUGGAUAUUUGACUAUUACUUUUGGGAAGAUUUUGUUUGUUUAUGGGGGAUACACAGAGGCCCAAAAGCUAUAUGAUGACCUGUAUAUGCUUGAUGUUGAAUCUACAAUAUGGUCCAAGUUGACUACCACAGGUGCUGGACCUUCUGCCAGAUUUUCCAUGGCUGGGGUCUGUCUGGAUCCAGUAAGAAGUGGGGUUCUUGCCUUUGUGGGUGGUUGCAAUAGAAGUCUCGAGGCUCUUGACGAUAUUUAUUACUUGCACACAGGACUCACUGGGGAACACGAACAAAGGCUAGAGAAGUUACCCUCGAGGAAGAAACUGAAGCUGAAGUGCCAAGAGCAAAAUUUGACUCUAGGACAGGAUAAAGCUUUGGUGCAACUUGAUGUAUCCUCAAGCUCAAAUCAACCUGUGCCGCUAUCAAUCUAUGGUCAGCCAGGUGCUCAAAGUAAUCCACAUAAGCAACUGGUACCUGUGCAAGGUAAACAUAUAUUUGAAGCGAGACUGACGGAGAAUUUUGGUGAUCGACACACCAUUGAAACUGUCAUAGAUGGAAAACCUCUCCGUGGAGUUCUAUUUUCCAGUAAGGCUAGCACUCUUCCUAUACCUCUUUCAAGCUCCAGCAGCGGGAAAAGAAGUUAUGGAGAUUCAAGUGCCGGUGCAUCAAAUGGUGAUCAUAACUGUGAGUCAAAAGGCUUGUAGAAGUAUUAAGCCGGAUUCAAUUGGCGAUGGGCAAGCUGAUGCUAUGCAUGGAGAAGAAGCCUCUUCCCAGAAGGCCCAUGCAGAGUAUGCGGGUCCAUUUCCUGUUUCGGAUGUAUUACAACCUUUUGAUGGCUCUGACCUGGAGUCAACCUCGCGGUUCCAACGUUCCCAUGAACUUUUAUCACAAUUUUUUUUUUUUGAAGAAACUUAGUCUUCUUACUUUUAUUCAAUGAUUGCUCUAAUUUGCAUAGUUCUUAUUGUUCUUUUUUCAGUUUUGAUCUAUUCUUUUUACAUUCUUGAUGUACUUGAGCAGUUAACUUCUAAGAACUCCCUUCAUCACUUAUUGAGAAACAAAGAAAUGGAAAAGAGAACUCCAAGUUCAAUAUAAAGCAAAACUCCUUGUGUGGAAUCAAUUGAAAUCAUCUUCACCAUGUAAUGAAUGCUUGUAUGAUGUUUUCGUGCGACAUAUCUAUGCAGAGGUUGACAUGAUUGGAGCCAUAUCAUUGAGAUUAUUUUAGAUCAUCAUCUGAUGGAUCCCAACAUGCCUAGGUGGAGAAGCCUAGGUUUCUUGCUGUGGGUUUUAACUUUAAUUUUGGGUUUUGAGUCUUGGCUGUAGCUAAUUAACAUCUAUUCAAUUUAGUAUUAAGAGUUUCAACUUUGAAGAUUGUUGUUUGGGGUUUUCACAACAAUCUCACAUUUGAAGGUCCAUGUUCACAAUCUUGCUGAGAAGGACAGCAAAGAAGCUUGCGGAAGCAGCUUCUGUUUUCCCCUGUUCUUCUCUACUUAAUUGUUGGUCAUUGAGUAGAUUUUGAUGCCAAAGCAAGUUGGACCAAAGUUCAGAUGCAGUAGCACGGGACUCCAAUUGAAAUAUUCUAGACCUCCUCUAUGUGACUGGGCACGUUCAUAACUUAUAAUGCCUUCAUGUGAUUCUGUUUCUGGGAGAGAUGAAAUGAAUGGAACAUUACUAUUUUAUGUGGAAUGUUUUGUGUUUUUGAGCUCUAUUUUGGUGUUCAUAUAGUCAUCUGUACUCUGAAUGCAACUAUUCAUCGUGUGCACUAUGGGAUUAUCUGCCUGCAUAUUUUGACUUUUGUCUACCUCCUCAGAUACCUGCAAACCAAGAAUCAUCACUGCAGGCUCCUAUCAUCUAUCAUUAGUAAGAUGAUCAGAUGGAUGAAGCUCCAAAUUUGAAUGUGGAAGUUCUAAAACAGAGUGUUUCUUCAUCAACCAAGGACUCCGAUGUGAUCUCACAAAAUAAUCAUGUGUGUUGCUGAUUAUCAUAUGUUGCUCUCAUCCAGCUUCAAGUUUCUACAGCUGAUCAGAGCAUGUUUUGAUUGGAGACCUAUGCUUGUGAAGUAAUAGCUUUUUGCAAGAACUGACUUGCAAGUAAUAGAUAUUUUAUCCAGCAAAAUCCUGUGUAUGUAUGU